AAUUCGUUCAACUACUCAAGUUGUUCAGUUACAAAAAAAAAAACUACUCAAGUUGCACCAUUGUUCCAAAAAAACAACCAAUCAAAACCUCCCAACACAAUUGCGAAAUCAAACCUACUCGUUCCUUACGAAGAUGCUUCAUCAGAAGGAUCAUUCUUCCAUGCAGAGUCAGAUUUGGGAGAUGAUGAUGAUGAUGAUGAGGAGGAUCCACAGCUUUGUGGUGCCUUUGCAUGCGAGGCGAAGAAAAGGCCUGCUAUCGAUUACAUGGAGAGGGUUCAACCAAACAUCAACUCCACCAUGCAUGCCAUCCUGAUCGACUGGCUCGUGGAGGUUGCUGAAGCGUUUAGCCUUUCGCCAGAGACUUUGUACCUGGCAGUGAACUGUUUAGACAGGUAUCUUUCGGGGAACGUGAUCACCGAGCUAAACCUGCAGUUGCUUGGUGUUUCAUGCAUCAUGAUUUCAGCAAAAUAUUAUGGUCGAGGAUCAGUGCGUGCGCCUCCUCGUCAGGUGGAGAGUUUCUGUUACAUCACCGAUUACAGCUACUCGAGAAACGAGCUCCUGGAGAUGGAGUCUUGUGUUCUCAACUACUUGAAGUUCGAGUUAACAACUCCAACGGCAAACUGUUUUUUAAGCCGCUUUGUCCCUCAAGGCAAAAGAGAGGAGGAGGUCCUAUCCCACCUCUUGUUUGAAUCGCUAGCGAGCUAUCUUUGCGAAUUAUCUCUCUUGGAUUACGCUAUGCUUCGCUACACUCCAUUACUCGUCGCAGCCUCUGCUGUUUUCUUGGCACGAUACGUGUUACAUCCUUCGAGAAAACCAUCCUGGAGCUCUACGUUGGAGCAUUACACACGGUACAGGGCUGAACAUUUGGAAGCGUGCGUUAAGAAUCUUCUUCGGCUAUGCCAUGAGAGUCCCUCAGGCGAUAAUGUAGUCGCAGUCAGAAAGAAGUACAGUAAAGCCAAAUACAAGUUUGCAGCAAACAUGAUUUACCCCACCUCACUGCCACAAGAGCUCUUCCUCUGA